AUGCAGCAGAAACGCAAGAUACUUGUUGUUGGCUCACCUCGCGACGUCAUAUCUAACGAAGUAUGGGCAGAUUUCAGCUCACGCUAUGAAACUCUGAUGUACGACUAUCCAAAAGUACAGGACUUCUACCAGUCCAUGACUUCCGGCACCUGCAAGAACAUUGACGGAAUCAUGCGAAUCGGCAUCAACACUCCGCCCGACAAUGAGAAAUUGGGCAUGGGCUGGACCAAACGAGCUCUACCACAUCUUCCAUCAUCUCUCAAGAUGAUUGUCAACUUCGGACACGGUUUCGAUGAAGAAGAUGUUUCAGGACUCAAUGCCCGUGGCAUAGACUUCUUCAACACGACGGGCGGGAGCGAGGCGACAGCCGUGGUUGCGGUAUAUCUAGUCAUCUCGGUAUUCCGUCAGCUAAAUCGCUACGAGCGAAUGCUUCGCGAAGACCAGUUCUGGCCGGCCUUGAGGCAUUCAUCCCAGAACGCAGUUGACCCCUUUGGAAAGAAGAUCGGCAUUAUCGGCAUGGGUUCCAUUGGCCAAACCGUCGCGAGACAGGCGGCUGCUCUUGGAAUGGAGGUCCACUGCAUCGAUAGGCCUAAUCUUCGGAGGAUUCUGGAAUCUAUAGAGCAUGAGAAUGAGUACGUCAAGGGGCUCUUACCACCGACAAUAUUCCACAAGGAUCUUGAGGGCCUCGUCGCUUCCGUGGACUGCUUGGUUCUGGCAUGCUCUUACUCCUCGACGACACAUCAUCUCUUGUCGAGGGAUGUCUUCUCUAGAAUGAGGAAAGGAAUUCGAAUUGUCAACGUGGCCAGGGGUCGUUGUAUAGAUGAGGAAGCGUUGUGUGAUGCCAUUGAAAACGGCAUCGUUGCCGCGGCUGGACUUGAUGUCCACUACAACGAACCGAACGUCAACCCAAGGUUACUGAAGCACGACUGCGUGACACUUCUGCCUCAUCUCGGAGGACUAACGCACGAUUCGAUGCAGGUAAAUGCUUGAGCUGUGCCUGCCACAAUACGACCUUUUUCAUUUUGCUAAUGACAAGACAGAAUCAUGCUUUGAUGGCUUUGAAGUCAGUAGAUGACUU